GAUGAGGCAUUCCUUGCCCGGGUGACCAAACUCCUGGAAGAUCUUCCUUUGGAUACGGAAGCGAUGAUCGAGUGCAGCUCACGGCAUCAAAAGUCGAUGUUGCUGGAAGCUGCCAGAGAGCGCGACUACUUCGCCACGGCAUGGCGUUCAGGUGUUCUUGUUGCCAACGAGGGCGAGGAAGCUCGAAGGCUUCGGGCGGCGGUUUCGGAGGUGGGCUGUGGCUUUACAAAGCUGAAAGCACCCAAGCUGCUGGAAUCGUUUGGCCGCUCUCUGACAGAGGAUGCUGGCAUGACAGUGCUGGAGACAGAAGACUGCUUCGAGGGGGACAAAGCCGCAGUCCUCAUGGAUGUGCUCCAAGAUCGAGGCACCCAGGAGGAGUUGGAGCAUGGUGCGGAGGAGCUUCUCUCCAGCCUGGCGGAGAAUGAGAUCAAGUCCUUCGCUUUAGCUGCACAGUCUCAAUUUCGGGCAGCCCUUAUCAAGGUUGCCACUGCGAAAGGCAUGGAGAUCGCCACAGCAGGCGAUGGACACAUCCAGGUUGGCAAGCUGAAGCUCUUCGACGCGAGCGUGCAGGAGACCAUCAAGGCGCUCCAAGAGGGCGACAGCCACAACUUCGGCUUCCUGCCAAAUCUCAAAAAGCAGGUCGUGAGGAGGCGAAGUCAAGAAGAAGGUCUGAUGGUGGACGACACUGAAAACAUGGUGUGCAUCCAGCGGCCAACCAGGUCGCCGAUCUUCGCCGACAAGGCUUCGGCAUUGGAAGAGCUCCGGAAGGUCACCGACGCGGUCUUCAAGAGCUUUGCCACCGGCAGGCUGGCACAUCAGAUCUUCAUGCGGCGUCAAGAUUUGGUGAAGCUCUUCGACGAGGAGCUGGCCGAGCGAAGCGACUUCCGCACCAGCGUCGAUCGAGUGUACGACGAUACCUUGCAGCUUCAACUG